UAUUAAAGAUGGAGAGUCGCGAAUGCAAUGUCAACAUGGACAUGCUCUCGCAGUGAGAGCAUGUGCCAUCCACGAACGCUUUCUCAGCAUGCUGUCUGCCAAGGCAUGUGAGACAGCGAGCUGCAGGCAAAGCAAAGCAAUUAAUAUUGCUGUUUUUGGAUAUAACUCCUGGUUUAGCAAUUAAAAUUGCUGUUUGCUCUUUCUAUAUCAGAAAAUCUGCUCUUAUGAAGGUGAAUGGAAAAGAGUGCUUUUACAACCACUCGGCUCCAAAGCAAAAUAUGAAUGAAGUGAAUAAUGCCGGUCCCAUUUAUACCCAUAUAUCCGGGUAGGUGUGCAAAUCUCACUGGCCAGUGAUCAUUGGCUCUUUCUGUUACCACUUGGAGAUGAUUGGGCUCCCAGGCAAGACUGAAUGGGAACGAACUGACAUAUUACUUAAGACAGCAUAUUAGAAAAAUUAAAUAAAUGGAAUAAUUCUUGGGAUAAACAUUUCACGGAUUUCAAUGUACAGUACACUAAUUAUAAAACUAUACUGUCAGCACAUCCCGAAUCCAGGGCAUCAUAAAUUCAUAAAAUUCAUGAAACUAAGCAUGUUUGUCAUUAUAAAAAUGUUUCAUGCGACUUAGUGCGUUAAAACAGUGAUAAUAAAAGAUAAAAUAUGGUAUACAGUUUAUUAAAGAAAUAUAGGCCUACUAUGUAUAGGCAAGAAGAUGAACCCAGAAUAUAAAUGCAAGCGUUCAGUUUUCCCAUAGAAAGCCAUUAAAACUUGUGAUGUUAAACUGCGCCCUGCGUUUAUAUUCUGGGUCUAUCUGAAAUGUGAAAGAAAAUUGGUUGUCCCUGGUUGCUGUUAUAAUAGCCAUGUUAAGAGGUGUAAAAAUGUACAAACAAUAAAUUGAUUCAAAUCCAAUAAUCUAGUAUUUUGCAGAUUGACAAUUAUAAGAUAUGCAGCAUAGACCAGAUGUAUCAGAGUUUCCAGUCUCUCUCAGCACCACCUGAAUCUACAGACGAACUCGACAAUCCCUUCAGUUCUCUCUCCUCUUUUGAUGGCAUGAUAGAAUCUGUCCGUCAGCUGAGAGACAAACUGGAGGAUUUCUGCAAAGAGGAGAUCAAGAAGAUCUCUGACAGCGUCACUUUCACUAACAUGAAUCCCAAGACCAGGAAUGACUUCUUACAGUAUUCCCAUCAGCUCACUCUGGAUCUGAACACAGUGAAUAAACACCUCCGUCUGUCUGAGAGGAACAUAUUGAUUACUGACACUGGCACAGUCCAGCCGUAUCCUGAUCAUCCAGACAGAUUUGAUUGGUAUUAUCAGGCGUUGUGUAGAGAGAGUGUGUGUGGACGCUGUUACUGGGAGAUUGAGUGGAGUGGUGGUGUGCAUAUCUCAGUGUCAUACAAGAGCAUCAGCAGGAAGGGAUUGGGUAUUGAGAGUUGGCUUGGAUAUAAUGAUCAGUCCUGGAGUUUGAACUGCUCUUCCUCCAGUUACUCAUUCAUGCACGACAGCAUACACACUGUUCUCCCUGUAAAGUCCAUCAGCAGUAGAAUAGGAGUGUAUGUGGAUCACAGUGCAGGAACUCUGUCCUUCUACAGCGUCUCUGACACAAUGAGCCUCAUCCACACAGUCCAGACCACAUUCACUCAGCCACUCUAUCCUGGGUUUUGGGUUGGUUCAGGAUCAUCAGUGAAACUGUGUUGAUGUUUCAGAACAGAUAGUAGAGAGAUUUUACCCAUAAUUCUUUGAGCAGCAUGAUAAAUCAGUAUAAAUCAGGCUAAGAUUAAAAAAAAAUUAUAUAUUGUCAUAUUCAUUCACAUUAAUUUAGAAUAUAGACAAACCUUAUAUCACUGUUAUUGUGUACAUUGGCAAGAUGGUUAAUGUGCCCAAUAUUAAACCAUUCCUUUUUUCUACAUUAAUCUAAACAUUAAUCUAUCAGUUUGCCACUUUAAAGUGACAUCAAAAAACAUUAAUCCCCUUACUCUAACGCUAUAAAUGUCACAAUCAGCUGCUAGGUUAUUAUUUAGUAGAAUGAAAUAACUGAUGUUUCUCUGUCUUUAUCAUUCACUCUGAUAAGGAGUUUAAAUUAGUGCACGAGUACUGUCUGCAUGCAAAAUUUUAUGAUUUAUCAACUUUUUACAAAUGUUUUGUCAAGUCAGCUUAGGUUCACAAAAGUUGUUCAGCUAACAUAAUAUUUUGAGUUUAUGUUGAAUAAACUAAUCUCUUUUUUUGUAUCAACUCAUAUUUUUUUGUUUAAACGAACUCAAAAAAUUUAAGGCAACCAAGACUUUAAGUUAAAUCAACAAAUAAUUUUUACAGUGUGAUUGUGUCCCCAUGAAA